CAUGGCAACGGGUGGCAACACUCGAUGGAGGCGCGGUCGCCGCGCAGCCGUCUCUUGCAGUUUGCACAGAGAAAGUGAGAGGGGGAGCUGAAUGCAGACCCGACAGAAACGUUGUUCCCCCCACUAAUAUUAAAAUUCACUGCGUCUGGCCAGCAGUGCACCAUGAACGAGGGCCAGGAUGAUCCGGAGAGCCAGGCCCGGCAGCGGAGAUCAGGCUCCUCGCAUACUUCAGGCACUUUAGACCCAGGUACUUCAAGCAGUUUGAGCCAAGAGGAAUCGUCGACUGACUGUGAUCCCUGUGAUGAAAAUGACUACCACAGCAGCACUAGUGAAGUCAGCUUGCCGGUCCUGGAUUCUCCUGCUGAAAGCUUUGCUACUCCUGAGCGCCCACUAACGUCGGUUUUGACUCAGACAGAUCCCAGCUGGCUUCUCAGUCACAGAAAAAUCGUCGAACAAAGGGAUGUAUAUGAAGCAAGAGAUGGACAAGAAUCCACAUUUGACGACUCCGAAGCCUCAGAAAAAGAGAGAGCUUCAAUCCUGGAAAGUGACCUUACUGUCUCAACCUCAAAAGGGAGCCUUGAGGACCUCAUUAUUCAAACUGAGUUUAUUGAUGAACUAAAACCCGGCAGGUUUGGAUCUUGUCUUUACACGCUGCCCAGUGUUGGACUCCCUACUAUUUUGGCUUAUAAGUACGAGUCCAGAGAGAAACCAAUAGACUUCAAAGCUUUAAGCCCAGAGGUAACAGAGAUCCAGUUACAAAAUGUUGCCAGAUUUGAAGGUGCUGAGGAUUACUGGCUGUGGAUCAGGAGCGGAGCAAAAACCAAUGGAUUUACUCACUGUCGGUUUUGUGGAAAAAUUUUAAAGCCCCUGCAUACACACGGGCAAAUGAGUGGAGAGACAUCCAACCUGCCCUUUUGCUGUAAGCAACAUCAGGACUUGUUUGAGUUCCUAAUGGAAGAGGAGGAGCAACUGCGCUUGAAGUAUCAAUCGGAAGAGAUUGAUAUCUCACCUCACCUGCCACAUGGUAGUUUACUAGAAAGGCAACGAGCCAAGGAGAAAACGGCAAUGAGGUUACAUAAGAGAACAAUGGAAAAAUAUCUCAAGAAAGCCAAAGAAACUGCACAGAAACCCAGCAGUGGAUCAAAAAGACAGACCAGAAUUUCCUUUCAGCUAUCAACUUCACAGGAUGUGGAAAGCUUAAACAGCCCAAAAGAGGAGGAGACUGAAUGGGACGCCAUUUUCACAGAAGUAGUGGAUGAGACAUUCAGUUGGCAUAAGGGUCUUCCGCUCUCUUUCCUGGUGAAGAACUACAGCAAUGGGAAUAGGUUUCUCACAUCCCUUGCAGAUGGAACAGCUCAGAUCUUUUACCCCUCUGGAAACCUGGCCAUCCAGAUUUUUAUCGACACUGAAAAGAAAAUGACCUGUGUCGUACAGCAGGACAGGGCUGAUGACCCAGCCAUUCAGGCAAUCUUCACCUCCUAUGGAAGGUGUACUUGUUAUCAUCCGAACGGUGUGGUCUGGGUACAUACUAACGCUUUCGGAGGGCAUUAUGCAGAUGAAUGCGGCAUCCGGCUGCGGCGAUGGCUGUGGCGAGACCCCUCAUCCCCACUUAACUUCACGCCUUUUAAACCGAUUUUCAUCUCUCUGAGCAAAAACAUCGGCGUCAGGAUUAUAGAGCAACAGCGGAUCUUCCUGACUUUUUUGGCAAUGGGGAAACAAGCAAAGUUCAACCUCGGAGUGAACCUGGAGUUUAAAACCCCAGCCACGCAAAACUUUACAAACUCCUGGUUAACAGAAGCUGACCUUCACCUUCAGACCAGCUGGUUAAAAGUUCAAAAAAUAAUUAACAAGUUGUGUGUUGCCCUGAACUUUCCGAGCAAUGACCCAGAGAAAAUUGCACUUCCACUUUACCUUGUGACCCGGCAACGAAAGCUGGCCCAACUCUGUGCAGGGGUGAAGAUGGAAGAAAGUGUAAACAUGGAAAAUAUUGCCUGA